ACACACACACACACACACACACACACACACACACACACACACACACACACACACACACACACACAGACAGCGGAGCAGCAAAGCAAUGGACAAAGUCAGGAUGUGACAUCAUUCACUGGAAGAGGAGCCAAACAAUUUUUUUCCCCUCCUUUGACUGUGAAGUAGUCUGUAUUCCAGAGUAAAGUUUGAACCUUUUGGACUGUUAGCAACCAGCAAAGAUUAAAGAUUCAUAUGAGCCAGAGGGUCAGAAAAGCUGGAGCUGAUGUCUGCAGGGAGCUCAAUCCUCCCUGAACUUUCCACAACUUUGCCACAUUCCAAAGUCUCCGCAGCAGGAUCUCAGUCAGGGUUCGUGGUAAAUUCCAUAAAGACCAGAAAAUCAUGUGAGGAGGGUCCGCCACUGCUCGUGAUCAGACACGUUUCAGUCUGGUGCUGUUGAGGCAUGUUGAGAGAUGCAAAGUGGUUGUAAUUCAAGUCAUUUAUCUCACAUCUCUGUCACCACUCUUAUGUUUAAGUCAUUUAAAACAAAACAAAAAAAGAAAGUUUCAUACUUGGCAGAGACAGUGUGUCUCCCCGUGUCUCCAAGCCAAACUGUGACAGUGCCUCUCUAUGUCUUUUUGUUAUGAACCCAUUCAGCAGUAUCUUGUGACCACUUUUCAUGCUCCACCACUGGCGAGUUCUAAACUGAGAAAACAAAGAAAGGACAUCCCUUCUAUAAACAUCCCACCGACCGAAACAACGGCUCCCUGCAAUCUCUACGUGACAGACGCUGACCUCUGGUGACCUGGUUUCCCCCUUUCUCGGCAAAGGUCACAAAGUCAAACCUAAUUAAUAUCGUGGCGAGCCUAUUCUCCCCUUACAUCGGGGGGAUCGACUUGUCCAAUGGCGCUGUGUCUCGGACAAGUGUUCAGCAAAGACAAAACCUUCAGGCCGAGGAAACGGUUUGAGCCCGGCACGCAGCGCUUCGAACUCUACAAGAAGGCCCAAGCGUCGCUCAAGUCGGGCUUGGACCUGAGAAAAGUAGUUCAGCUACCGGAGGGAGAGAACCUCAACGACUGGCUCGCGGUUCAUGUGGUGGAUUUCUUUAACAGGAUCAACCUGAUCUAUGGCACAGUGAGUGAAUACUGUACGGAGCGAACGUGCCCCAUCAUGUCUGGGGGACUAAGGUACGAGUACAGAUGGCAGGAUGGCGAGGACUACAAGAAACCCACCAAGCUGCCGGCUCUGAAGUACAUGAACCUGCUCAUGGACUGGAUAGAGUCACUCAUCAAUAAUGAAGACAUCUUCCCCACCAGAGUAGGUGUACCUUUCCCAAAGAACUUCCAGCCAGUGUGUAAGAAGAUUCUGAGUCGUCUCUUCAGGGUGUUUGUGCAUGUUUACAUCCAUCAUUUUGACAGCAUCUGCAGCAUGGGUGCCGAGGCCCACAUUAAUACCUGUUACAAACACUACUACUACUUCAUCUCAGAGUUCAACCUCAUUGAUAAUUCUGAACUAGAGCCCCUGAGAGAGAUGACAGAGAAGAUAUGCAUUUGAGCAGGACCAAGUGGAUGAAGGAGCUUGUUUUAUGACUUUUUCUGAGCCCCAUGAGAGAAGAUCAGCUUCACAACCCUCCAGAAUAGGAAAACUUUUAUGUUCAGCUAUAUUUCUGGUUUUCCAAGCAUAUCUUAUAACUAUUUUUCAUGUGGCUGCGCUGUAUCUUCAUGGGAGAUGUUACCUACAGUCCUUAUGGUGCUGUGAAAUGUUUAUAUUAUGUGUUGGUUAGACUAUAGCUCCACCCUACAUUUUCUUUUUGGUCUCCUUUUGUGCAUGUGAAUUUGUUUGUUUUAUGUGUUUUUAUAUACAGUGUGUGAAUAUUGUGAACUAUUUUAUAUAUUGUGUUUUUGUUGUUUAAAUUUGAUGAUAGACAUAAAAUAACACCUUGAACUUUAUUACGCUCUGUCUUUAUUUUUUUUUAUGACUCAUAAGAAAUGUGAGAGAUGUAAGGCACAAAAAAGAUCUUACUGGAUAAGA